AUGGUGCGCAGAAAGCGUUUGCUGAGUAGGAAGCUUAUGGAGAUCCGUGUCCGGCCGUCCCUCGAGGGGGAGCUUAAGCCCGACGCCGACAAAGGAGUACUUAGAAAGGCCGAUGCAAACACUCCCGUUAGCUGGGCUAGCCAGGAGUAA